AUGUCUUUGUUUAGUUAUGAAGAUCAUCUUGUUGAACUUGAUGAGACAGAGUUUGGUAAUGUCAUCGUGGUUGAUCAACUCCCAGUUGUUGGUAUGGAUAGGUUUGAGAAACUUGAAGGUGCCAUUCGCAAAUUAUACAAUCAGUUAGGAGUAGUCAUCAAGGAAGAUGGAUUCUCGAUGCCCGUUGAUUCAGACACCAACACGACCAACGGAUAUUGUUUUAUUGAGUUCAAUACCCCUCAGGAAGCUCAAAAAGCUAAAGAAAAAACUCAUGGCUGCAAGUUUGGCAAGUCUCACAUCUUGGCCGUUUAUAUGUUUGAUGAUAUUGAAAGGUUGAUGAAUGUGAAGGAGGAGUGGGAGCCUCCUCAAAUCAAGCCUUAUGCACCCAAUGUAAAUCUGCAAAAGUGGCUUACUGAUGAAAAGGCUCGGGAUCAGUUUGUUAUAAGAUGUGGCUCUGAUACUGAAGUUUUAUGGAACGAUACAAGGCAUUUGAAGUCUGAAUCUGUUCAUACGCUUCAAAACUGGACAGAGAGUUUUGUGCAAUGGUCUCCUUUAGGUUCAUACCUAGUGACACUUCACAAGCCAGGGGUAGCUUUUUGCGGUGGUGCUAGUACUUUUAAACCUCUCAUGCAUUAUAAGCAUCCCAUGGUAGAAUUAGUUGAUGUUUCCCCAGGUGAGAAUUACUUGGUAACCUACCAAAAUCAGAAACCAAACAAUCCGCAGGAUUCAAAUGCAACUGAGAUCAAGAUCUUUAAUGUGAGAAGUGGUAGACUAAUGAGAUGUUUCAUGGGAAGUGCUGAUGAGUUUUCAGUUGGAGGAAGCAGCGUCUCAUGGCCUGUCUUCAAAUGGGCUGGUGGAAGAGAUGAUAAAUACUUUGCCAGACUUAGAAAGAACACUGUUUCUGUCUAUGAGACAGAGACUUUCAGCUUAAUUGGAAAGAAAUCAAUGAAAGUUGACAAUGUUGUGGACAUCUCUUGGUCUCCUACUGAUUCCAUUCUUGCACUGUUUGUUCCUGAACAAGUUGAUGGUAACCAGCCUGCCAGGGUCGCUCUUAUUCAACUCCCUAGCAAGGUGGAGAUAAGGCAGAAGAAUCUUUUCAAUGUGAGUGGCUGCAAAAUGUACUGGCAGAGCAAUGGAGACUAUCUCGCUGUCAAGGUGGAUCGAUACUCAUCGAAAUCGAAGAAGAGCACACAUUCAGGAUUCGAGAUUUUCCGAGUCAAAGAGAAAGAUAUUCCAAUAGAGGUUCUUGAGCUUGACAACAAGAACGAUCAGAUCAUUGAUUUCGCUUGGGAGCCCAACGGUCACAGAUUCGCCGUGAUCCACGGUGAACUACCGAGACCAGAUGUCAGUUUCUACUCAAUGAGGACGACACAACACACUGGCAGAGUUUCAAAGCUCGUUACUCUCAAGUCCAAGCAAGCCAAUGCUCUCUUCUGGUCUCCCACUGGUAAAUACAUAAUCUUAGCUGAUGGGUUAAGUGGAUUCAAUGGCAAGCUUGAGUUUUACAAUGUGGACGAGCUUGUGACUAUGGCAACAGUUGAGAACUUCAUGGCCACAGAUAUCGAGUGGGACCCAACUGGAAGGUACGUUGCAACUGCAGUGACAUCAUCGGUCCACGAGAUGGAGAAUGGGUUUUACAUUUGGUCUUUCUGUGGGAAGUUGCUUUACCAAACACUGAAGGAACAACUCUUUCAGUUUUCUUGGCGUCCAAGACCACCGUCUUUGUUGUCGAACCAAAAAGAAGAAGAAGUGGAAAAGAAUCUGAAGCAGUACCUCGAGAGGUACGAGGAAGAAGACGGUGACGUGUCGGUGUUGUUGAGAAAACAAGAGAAGGAGAAAAGGAGAAUGAUGAUAGAGGAAUGGGAGAUUUGGCUAAACAAGUGGAAGAAGCUUAACGAGGAAGAAAAAAUUCAGAGGCAAAACCUUAUUGGUGACGAAGAAGAAGAAGAGUUUUAUUAUGAGACCAUUGAGGAGUUGAUCGAUGUCUCUGAGGAAGUCAUUCCCUUCGAACUAUGA